AUGUUUUGCUCAAAUUUUCCCUUAUUUAUUUUCCUUUUUAUUUUUAUUCCUUUUGCUACCAAAGCCUGGAUAAGUGAAAAUAGGCGAAUUGAACAAGAAAUUCUUCGUAAUUAUGAUAAAAGGCAUAGGCCUGUAAAAGUCGAAUCUACCAUUAUACGCGUUCAACUUUUCCUAACUGUAAAUCAUAUUGAAAAAGUAGAUGAGCAUGAAGGAACAAUGCUUUUACAUGGAAUUUUAUGGGCAGCGUGGAAUGAUGAUUAUUUAAAAUGGACACCUUCAGAACACAAUAAUACUUUUGUUAUUUCUAUGGAAGCGUGGAAAAUUUGGCAGCCAACAUUUGCUCUAUACAAUUCUGCAAGAAGUAAUAGCUGGUUUGUCUACAUGAGUGGGGUCCCUGCAACUGUUUCAAAUGAUGGGCGUGUAUUUGCAGCAGGAGCCUUUUCUUUCCAAGUUACUUGCCAAUUCAAUUUUGCUGCUUAUCCAUAUGAUAUACAAGAAUGUCCAAUUGUUCUUGCUGAUUGGCAGUAUGAUGCAUCAAAAGUCAAUUUAUCUGAAGCUGUCAGUGCUCGUUCUGGUCUAAACAGUUUGGCAAAACCUGCAAUUCGUCUAAGCUUUGAUCCGUUAUCUGAAAAUGUUAAAAAACAUGUUGCUGGUUGGGAAAUAAUUGACACAUGGCAAAGACUUUGUUAUUGGGGACCUACUGGUUAUUGUGUUGAUUCGUCUCCUAUUGGACCUUUGGAUAAUUAUUGGUCUUUAAUGGAAUUUGGAAUUCGAAUUAAAAGGCAUGCUCCGUAUUAUGGACUUACUUUGGUUCUUCCGAUUGUAAACUUUUUAUUUUUUAUAAAGGCAGACAAAAUUUUUAAGCAAACCAAAAUUUUUCUUUUUUGA